AUGACUCCCCUCACAUGUUCAGCUGUGGGUGGUGGAAAAGCAGGUUUCGUCUGGGUCACUCUCGGCCCCAGUCUUCUGGGGUUGUUGCUCGGUCUCGGAGCAUUUGAAUGGCUUCCUUACCACGUGGGGUUUGAAAUGGGUUAUGUUAGUCUGACCCAGGCUCGCGAGAGAUGGAACCGGAGCGUCACCUCCAGCGGCCCCUCCAACCUCCCUCAUCACCUUCAUCAGAGAUCACAGCGCAAAUCGCCGAGUCGCUUAGUUUCAUCGGCGACCUUGGGUGGUGAUGAUAGCUUUCGCGCGUUCUGGUGUGGUUGA